GCGUACUUUCUUUUUUGCUCACCUUUAAGUGUGCUAUUGUUUUUUCUCCUUAGACGAGUAGUCGUAGGGGUGUUCAGUCUGUGUUUGUGUAGGCCGCAAAGAAGCAACCAGAGUGGUUUUCUUAUCGUAGGCCGGCAAAGACUUGUCGAGCCGAUCGCUUCACUUUUUCUCCAGUCAUAGAUUUGUUACCCUGCGUUAAGGGUCAUGGAUUCGUCGACUACUCAUUCCGAUCGCCGUACGGUAACCCGCAGCCGUGUUUCGUCCCGGGUCGAGCCGGGAGGGACCACUGUCAUUCGGACCUCCCGAAUGGAGCCGGGUGAGACAACAGUAGUCCGGACUUCCCGGACUGUUGAACCAGGAGAAACAACUGUUGUGCGGACGUCCAGAGUAAUUCCAGGAGAGACGUCCUCGAAAAUUAUCCGGACAUCACGCGUCGUUCCCGGAGAAACGACAGUUGUGAAAACGUCCAGAAUUAUUCCAGGAGAGACCACUGUAGUUCGCACAUCCAGAAUUAUACCAGGAGAAACUACCGUUUGUAGGAGCACUGAGCCAGAGGUGACCACUGUGGAGCGUACUGGUAGUGGUGGUACGGUACAUCACACCACUCGUGUGGUCAAGCAGGUCAGUUCUACGAAUGGUGAUAAUAAAACGGUGACUGAAACAACUGUCACCUCAUCGAAAAAUGACACCCCUCAAAGAGUUAGGACCGUAACCCGCACUACCACCAGACUUGUCACAACACCCUCGAAAAAAUCGAAAAUAUCUGAUAUCAUUACUGGAUUGGAUGAUUCACUAACGGCGAGAGAAGCUCUUCUUAAAUGGGCGCAACGAACAACCGAGCGAUAUCCCGGAGUUCGAGUUACAGAUUUCAGUAAAUCUUGGAAAGAUGGCUUGGCUUUUAAUGCUAUUCUUCAUAGAAACAGACCUGAUCUUCUCGACUUCCGAUCUCUGAAAAUUAGAAAUCCACGAGAUAAUUUAGAAUUGGCAUUUUCUUUAGCUGAAAAAGAAUUUGGCAUUACAAGACUCUUAGAUCCUGAAGAUGUGGAUACUCCAGAACCAGAUGAAAAGUCUCUUAUCACUUAUAUUUCAUCUUUGUAUGAUGUAUUUCCUGAACCUCCUAGCCAUCAUCCUUUUGCUGAUGAUGAAAGGAAUCGUAAAGUAGAAGAAUACAAAGAUUUAGCAAUGAGCUUACAAAAGUGGAUGUAUGAGUCUUUAGAAACUUUCAGAAAUCAAGUUAUUAGCAAUUCUGUGAUAGAUAUGAAGAAUUUAUUAUUAGAAUCUUCAAAAUUCAGGUCUGAUGAAUUACCUAAGCGUCAAAGAGAUAAGCAGAGAAUUUCUCUUUUACAUCGGGAAAUUCAGAAAUUAGGGCAUCAUUCUAGUCAAAUUGAAUUUCGUAAAGAUUUGAAUAUAGAUGAAAUUGAUAAAAAUUGGAAUAAAGUUAUGACAUCUUUACAAGAUCGGGAUAAAAAAAUUAAAGAUGAAAUAUGCAGGUUAGAAAAAUUACAAAGACUGGCUGAAAAAAUUGGCAAAGACUUUAAAGUUUGUGAAGGCAAGUUAGAAGAUGUUGAAAAGCGCAUGAAAGAAGAAGAGAAACGAAUCAGCAAACUGCUAUUUUUAGAUGCCAAACAAAACUGUGAUCAAAUUGAGAAUGAUUUUAAAUACAUAGAUUCGAUUCUGAAGUCUUUGCAGAAAGAAGUGGCAUCACUAGAAGAGAAAAAAUAUUAUCAAAUUUCUGAUCUUCAAAACAGGUUAAAAGUUUACAUGGAAAAAUAUCAAUGCUUAAGAACUAUUUUCCAAACAAAUUUGAUUCUUCUUCUGUCAGAAAAAUCAGACAAAAGUGAUGAGAAAAAAGUUAUCAAGCAACGGAAACAAAAUGUUAAUGAAAAACCAUCAGAAGAUAAUAAAGCAGCUAUUUCUUUUAAGGAAUAUUUUGAAUGGAUUGAAAAGAAACAGAAACGUAUCUUGGCCAUUGAGCUUGGUGGAGAUGUUCAUUCCAUUAAAUCUAAUUUGGAACAGCUACAAACUGAACAGAAGACAGUGGAACAAUACAAUAAGAAAAUAAGUGCUAUUUUAUCCCAAACAAUAUCAAAAGAUAGUGACAACUCUUAUGCUACCCAGGCUGAAAAAUUACAAGGAGCUUAUAAACAACUUAUUACUUUAACAAGCAGCAGAGUUAAAGAAUCUGAGAGUUUAUUAGACUUUGUUCAAUUAGCUACUAAAGCUUUGAAGUGGAUGUCUGAUAAAGAAGAUACUGAAAUUUCCAGAGACUGGAGUGCAAAAAAUUUAAAUAUAUUGGAUUUAGAACAUCAUCAGGAAAUUUUAACUAGUGAGUUGGAGAAAAAGGAAAUAGAGUUCAAUUCCAUUCAAAGUCGAGGUGAAAAUCUUCUUUUCCAAAAACACUCAGGAUCAAAGUGCAUUGAAGACUAUUUAAGUCAGAUGCAAAAUCAGUGGUCAUGGAUUUUACAACUGACUUUGUGUUUAGAAAUUCAUCUUCGAUAUGCUCAAUUUUAUCAUCAGUUUUUCAAAGAAACUAAAGAGAGUGAAUCAUGGGUCAAAAAAGCUGAAGACAAACUGAACACUACAUUUUCUAAAUCUGUUACUUCAGUUGAUGAAGGAGAACGAUGUUUGAAGCAAAUGGAAGUUAUGAAAGAUGACAUUACCCAAUAUAAUGACCGUAUUUGUGAUUUGGUAUCUCGCAGCCAAGAAGUGAUACCUUUAAAACAAAGAAAGUCUAUUCAAUCUUCUAAACCUGUAACUGUCUUAUCAUUGUGCAAUUAUAAAAACUCUGAUGUGAUAAUAAAUAAAGAUGAAAUGUAUAAAUUAAGAGAAAUUUCAAAAAAACAUUGGAAAAUUUCAACAAGUAGUGGAAAGGAAGUAUUUGUACCCGGUGUUUGCUUUGUUAUUCCUCCACCUGAUCCUGAAGCUGUAGAAAUGGCUCAAAGCUUAAAGAAAAGAUAUGAAGAAUUAUUAAAGUUGUGGAGGCUGAAGCAGAAAAAAUUGCGCCAGAGUCUGAUAUUUGCCACUAUUAAAGCAGUGAAGUCUUGGGACAUAACUCAAAUUCGCACGAUGGAUAUUUCUCAAAGAGAAUCUAUUAUGUCUGCACUGAACUCUGAUGCUCAAAAACUUCUUCUGGAAGGUUCUGAAACUGAUUCUACUCUUCUAAAAUUAAAACAAGAAAUGGAGCAGUGUAAUUCUUCAUAUGAAACAUUGUUGAAGAAAGUUUCUGAAGAAACUUCUGAUAAAUCUCCAAAAAGUGUUGGAAGAAAAUUAACUGACACAAUUGCUGGUCUUCAAAAUGUACUUAAUGAAAAAGAAAAGUUCUUAAAAAAUAAGCUGCAGUCUUCCAUUAUCUGUGAUUUAGAUGCAUUGGAAAACUCCGUCAUUGAACACAAAGAUUAUGAAAUUAGUUUAAGAAACUUAGAAGAUCAAAUAAAUGAGACAGUUCAAAUGUAUAAAUCUACUAAUAAAAAGACUACUGCUGUACAGUUGAAAUAUGAUACUCUUAUUGAUACAUGGAGUAAAUUGUGGGAUCUUUCUAACUUGUACAUUGAAAAGUUAAAAGUAACCGAAGUAACUCUCAAUAAACUCAAUGAGGCUCUUACAUCUGUGUCUAGUAUUGAAGUGAAAUUAGCAUCUUGUAAUAACAUGUCAUCAAAGUUAGAUAAACUACAGAGAAGUCAUGAUGAUCUUCUACUGUUUCAAGAUGAGAUGCAACUUUCUCAAUCUGUGAUAGAUGAAUUGCAAGAUUCAUCAAGAAAGUUAAAAGCGGUUGUACAAAAGAUAAAAACUAAGCAAGGAACCAAUGUUGACUGCAAUAGAAUAGAGACUGACAUAAAAAAGAUACUGACAAGAUGGGAUAAUGCAAGAUCUCAGAUUGUGGAAAGACUAAGAAGCUGUGGGGCAUCUUCAGAACUUCUACAAACAUAUAAGAAUAAAAUUGAACAAGAGAAUGUUUGGAUAUCUGAAACAACAGUAAAAAUGAACAGUUUGAAAACUGUGCAAAAACUUACUACAAAAGAAAUAGAAUUGACUGUUGAACCAGCAAUGGAUCUGUAUUCCAAUAUAUCUGAAAGAAGUUCAUCCAUAGAGGAGACAAAUACAUUGGGAUCGAGAUACAUUAGAGAAGCAAAGAUUUACGACCUCAGACUGAAGCAUUAUAAAGAAAAUUUAGAAGAAGAGCAUCCUAGUCUUGAUGCUAGCUUUCCAAAGACUGAAAGAGAAAUUAUUGGAGCUUGCGAAGUUGAACAGGAAUUAGAAAAUUUGAAUGAAAAGUACUCAUGUUUAAUGAGGACUAUAUUACAAUAUAUUGAAGAAUUAAAAGAGAUGUUUACUGCUCAACAAAAGAUAAAGUGGCAAUACAUCAAUCAAGCUGUUCCAGUAACUUUGAGGACCUUUAAAACUAUCAUUGCCCAGGUACCAUCAUCAAAUGAGGAAAACAUUAUUGAGCAGAAAAUUCAAGUAGAUGAUGAACCAUCUGUAAAAUACUUAAAUAACCAGGGCUUGAUAUCAACCCUAAGUGAACCACCUCAUGAAAAUACUUCAGACAAUUUGAACAUGAAUAUUGAAAAGAAAGAAAUGCCUCUAAAACUAUCUUAUUACAAAGAUAUUCAAUCAACCUCUCCUAUCUUUCAAAGUACGAGCACUCUUAGUACCAUGAGGGGAAUUAUUGACUCAAGAACAGGGGAUAUAAUUACUUUAACUGAAGCUGUAGAUCGGAAUGUUAUUAAUUUUGAAAAUGAAAGCAUAACUGAUUUCAAAACAGGUCAUAUAAUGUCUUUUUCAGAAGCUGUUUCUGAAGGAUUUUUGGAUAAAACCAUUCAUGAUAAGCUACUUAGUAAAUGUGGUAUUUAUUUGCCUGAAACCAAAACUGAAUUAUCACUGAUUAAAGCAAUACAAAAGAAUGCUUAUGAUAUUAGGGAAGAUACACUUUUAAAUCCUUGUGAUUGUAAACCUAUUAGUUUAACAGAAGCUUUUCACACUGGCAUGGUAAAAAAAUCUGGGAUAAAGACAUUGAUUGAUAUGAAGCUAGUUAAGACAACAAAUUUAACUCUAACUGAGGCAAUACAAAAAGAAUUUAUUGAUCCUAAAACUGGUGUUUUCCGUGAGCCUAUUACUGAUACUCCAAUUGACUUGAGAAAUGCUAUUAAAAAAGGUUACAUAAAUAUGGAAUCUCCAAAGCCAGAUAAACAUGGAUUCUCUCUAGCAAAAGCAAUUGACCAUGAUUUCAUUAAUAAUGAAGAUGGUUUAAUCAUUGACUCUGAGUCUGGAGAACAGUUUUCUGUUGAAGAAGCUCUUUUAAAAGGUUUAUUGUUAAAAAAUACUUUAGAAGUAUAUGACGUUGCUGCUGAAAAACUUAUCCCACUCUCUGAAGCUGUGAAAAAGGGUAUUGUGAAUUCACACUGUGGUAAAUUUAUGAAUACAAAGACUUCAGAAAUGAGUUCUUUCAAAGCAGCUAGAAAAUGCAAUUAUAUAUGGAAACCUUUAAGCCUGAAAGAAGCAUCAGAUUUAUCAUUAUUUACUAAACAAAACAUAACUAAUCCUAUCAGUGGCAAAACUUUAAGUAUUUUAGAAGCCAUGUCUCAAGGAAUAUUAGAGUGUGAAACUAAUUGUGUCAUGGAUACUCUUUCUCGAGAGUUCGUAUCUUUGCCUGAAGCACUGAAUAGAGGAAUAAUAUUGCCGAACUGUAGUUUUGUAGACACUGAAUCAAAUCGUGAAAUAGAAUUGCCAUCAGCUGUGAAUGAGGGCUUUAUAGCCACUGUGUCUCAAAAAAGUAUAUUUGAUAUAGAAAGUAUUCAAAACGAUGCAAAUGAGUUCAUUAGUUUUAAUGAUGCUAUUAAUACUGGUGUUAUAGAUUUAAACCAGGAAUUAUAUGUAAACAAAUCCUCAAAUGAACACAUUUCUUUAGAAAAUGCUGCUUCCAAAGAAUUAAUUAAACCUCAAAUUUAUGAUUUACUUUGUAAGCCUAUUGGAGUAAAAGCUGGUGAUAAGGACUUAAAUCUCAUAGAUUGUUGUAAGCAUGGCUACAUAGAUUCUAACUCAGGGAAGCUAAUGGAUCCAGUGUCAAAAGAACCUAUUUCCCUUCAAACUGCUGUGAAUAAUGAUAUAAUAACACCAGAUGGAGCUGCUUUACUGAAAGGGCUAUUGAACAUUACUCUUACUUCUGCUAAUGUUGUUCAAAGGAUUGAAAAGCAUGUUUAUGAAGAAAAAUACUCGCUGAAAACUGAUGAACCUUUGAAUACUGAAAAUGAUGUGUCUCAGUUGUUGGAUCCUUCUCAAAGCAAUGAAAGAACAAUGCAUUCAAAUUCAAAUGCACAUGAUUAUUCCAUUAGUUCACAAAAGAACUUGCAUGCCCCAGAGGCUGAAACAAAUGCGAAUAAAGAAAUAUGUGAGAAACACAUGAAAGUAAAUAUUUCCGGCAUAAAAACUAAUCUUGAUAAAAAUUUGACAGGUGUUGAUAGGGAGUUAGCACCAUCGUUUUGCAGAACUUUAAAUGAAUCCUCAAAAAUAAAUCAAGAUUCUUUGAGUCUUAUUACUACUCCAGAAGAUAAAAUACAUGAAAAAAUAGAUGUUUUAGAAUUGCCACCAGAUGGUUGGAAUUUCAGUGAUGCAAUAUGUAAAGACUUAUUUGACGUAAAAUCAGGUUUAUUUACUGUGCCUGGUACAGAUCGUUUGGUUUCUUUUGAAGAAACUGUUAAAAUGGAAAUAAUAAACCCCAAAUCUGCCGUUGUUCUUGUUCCAAAAUCAAAUGAAACAGUAACUUUAGAUCAUGCAUUAGAAAUGAAAAUUUUAGAUAAUACUGGAAGUUACAAUACAAAGACUGGGAAAUGGAUUUCAAUGCAUGAAGCUAUUGAACAAAAUUUGAUAACUUUUUGUGAUGAUAGUUUUAAUACAAAAAUAUUGAAUCAAAAUAGUUAUAAACAAUCAACUAAAUCUUUUGAAGAAUCUGAAAGUGCAUGGAAACUGACCACAAUUACUUCCAUUCCUUCAUUUGAAAGCUGUGAUAAUAAAAAUGUGCAGGUUCAUGAUACUUCUUUACAUUCGUUGGAUCAUCAUGUCAACGCUCCUGAAACAUAUUUUUGUUUAAAUGAUGCUCUAAAUUUUACCUCCACACCUCACAGAGAAGUAAUAUUACAAAAAGUUCCUAAACGAUCUCUAACUCCUAAUGAUGCAGUUGCUGAAGGUUUUAUUGAUCAAGAAACAGCUGAAACUUUGACUAAGCUAUUUCCUAAACACUCAUCUUGCAAUAAUAGUGAUUUCCUUAGCAUUGCAAAAUGUCAUAAUCAUUUGAUUAAAAUUCCUGAUUUCCGUAAAGGUAAAAUGAUAAUGCUGGAGGAAGCUCUUCAACAAGGACUAAUAGAUAAGGAUACUGGAAAUAUAAUCGUACCUUUAGCAAGAUCAUUAAGUAUGGAUGAAGCUUUUUAUCAAGGACUACUUAGUGAAACCUCACAUAAAAUUAUUCAUCCAGAUAAUGGAAUUGAACUUGAUGUUGAUGAAGCAAUAAUUUGUGAUAUUCUAAAUCCUUAUUCUACCUUUAUAGAUCCUAUUACUUCAGAUUCUAUGACAAUUUUGGAAGCUAUUCAAGAGAAAAAGAUUAAUCCUAAAUCUGGUGAGAUAUCAUCUUCAACAAAUAUAAAUAUUGUUGAAGGAGUGCGUCUAAAUAUGUUUAAAGCUAAGCAGACAUUGCCUAAAAGUCCACCACUUCUUUCAUUUACAUUUCCUACUGCCUUACAAUACGGUUAUAUUGAUGUUCAAUCAAAAGUUUACAUGCAUCCAACUUCUCAUAAUGAUAUCCCUUUGCACAAAGCAUUUGAUAACUGUGAUCUUUUAAUCAUUCCAGUUCAACCUCAAAGAGAAUAUUUCUUGUUAGAUGAUGCUUUAAAUCAAAAAUUAGUUGAUCCAAAAAAUUUUACGUUUAAACAUCCAGUUACCAAACAAAUCAGCGAUUUGAGAGAAGCCAUGAAUUCUGGGUUACUUGUUGCAAAACCUGCUAGGCUGGUUACACCCUCUUCUUUUACUAGUAGUUUGAGUCAAUUGCGUAAUUUGAAUUUAUCAGAGGAAAGCUUAAAUAAUUCAAAGCAAAAUUUAAGCCAUUUUGUUAGUCCUAAAGACUCUGCUGAAAGUGCUAUAAAGAAAAGUAAUUUGAAUUUAGAGACUGGAGAGUUUUUUGAUAUUAAUUCUCAUCAAUCCUAUUCAAUACCAGAAGCAAUCAAAAUAAAACUUUUACAACCUAUCAAUGAUAUUGAACCAAUGAAGUGCAUGAAUUACGAUCUUUCACAAGCAUUCCUUUAUCUAUAUAAUGAUAGUAAAAAUUUGUUUACUGAACCUAAAACAGGAAAUCUUGUUGAUUUUGAAUCAUUAGUGAAUAACCAAACUCUUGAUUGUAAUUCACUAUUAUAUGAUGUUCAGAGCAAGAAAGUUAUGACUUUAAGUGAUGCUAUCAAAUAUGGCUUUGUGAAUGCACAAACUGGUUUUUAUAAGAACAAAUCAAAUGAUGAAUAUCUUAAUCCAAUUGAAGCUGCAAAACUUGGAUUGCUUGUUUUUAUUAAGGACCCUGAUUUAUUUCAGUCUCAAAGUAUCAUUCCCGAAAAACCUUUGUCAGAAAAUAUCUCAUCAUUCCCAAAAGAAAGAAAUUUACGUCCUAAUUCAUUACCAUUGGAUCCUUUGAUUUCUGAGGCAGAUCAUAUCUCUCCUGUAGAACAUAAUUCUUUUAAAGCUACACAAGCCCUUGAGGAGUGUGAAAAAAAUCAUUCAGAUCAAAGUAUCAUUUUGAAUACUAAACAAGACUUAACCAACAUUUCUGAAACAAUACAACCUGUUAAAUUAGAUAUAAGUCCUAAACUCAACCCAGCUGAAGCAAUAGUUUGUGAAAAUGAAGAAUUUUUAGAAGUCAACACAUUAAAGUCAGGUGAAAUUAUUACUGAUGAAUUGACAAUCAUUCCAAUCAGCAAUAAAGCUGAUACACAGGAACUUAAUCAGCAGAUUCCAGAAAAAGUAGAUUCAUCCUUUUAUGAGAAUGAGACAGAAAGUUUAUUUGUACUUCCCAAUUCAUUAAGUAGUCAGAAUAUUAAUGAUAGUACAGAAAAUUUGUGUCAGAUUUCGGAAGUUGAAAAAUUAAUUGGAGGGGUGAAAGGCUUAUUUAAUGAAAAUACUAGUAUUCAUCCUGAAACUCAUGUUAAUGAACUGAAUGCUUAUGACCAAGUUGUUCCUUUGUCAGUUAAUGAUGAUAAAGAUUUGCAACUGAGUCGUAAAAAUAUUGUUGAAACAACUGUUGUUUCUUCUGUGUCUGAAAUCAUAUCAAAAGUUCAAUCUCAUUCAACAGUUACUGCUACUGAUAGAUCAAAUGACAUUCCAUCUCCACACAUUUCUGAAACUACUAAUGAAUUACCAUUUUCACCUGAAGAUAAAAAUUUAUGCCGAGAUAGCUAUGCUGACUUAUUGGAAAUACCAAAAGAGAAAUCUUUGUCUUCUGAAAAUAAAUUGUCAGUUGGACCAAAGUUAACACUAGAUGAAAAUGCUUCAUGCAAAGAUAUAGAUUCCAAUAUCUCCAAGGAUUUGCAAGUCAUGACAGAAAAGCAAUCAGAAGACGCAAAUAUAGGCCAAGAAAAAGGAAAGAUACAACCUUUAAAAAUAUUGGAUACAAUUACAACAGAAAAAGUUACUUCUGCGAGGCAAAUAGAACCUCUUGUGGAUUCCCAAUCUUCUGAGAUUUUAUCAGCUGUUGACAUGAACUUGAGAGAAAUAGUGUCACCAACCCAAGAAAGAAAAUUAAUGUCUGAAGAUAGUCAGUUCAAACCAACUGAAAUUGAACCCACAAACAUAAACUAUGAAAUAGAAAAGACACUAUCUUCAAAUAAAAAAGUACCAAUACUAGAAGAUAGCAAUCAAGGUCUAAAAGAAAGGAUGCUUGAGAAAUAUGGUAAUUCUUUAACUUCUGUUGCUGAUCUUUCAUUCCCCGAAAAAGUAUUAUUGACAGCUGGAAUGAUAUUGUCUGUUAAUGAAAGUAAACUAUCUACGGAUAAAAGUGAAUCUGGCAUAGAUAAAGAUGAAACAAGAGCAAAAAAUGUUUCACCACAAGUCAUGACUUCAAAACCUUCUUCACCGGAGACAAAAUCAUUUUUAAAGGAACAUGAAGGUCGUAAGUUACCAAUAAUUCCUACAAAAUCAAAUGUCACUGAAAAAGAAUUUUCUAUGCAAGAAAGUUUAUCUUUUGAGGUAAAUGACACUUUAGAAGAACCCAAAUUAUCAAUCCAAGAAAAUAUUUUCAAUAGUUCUGGUGAAAAAUCAGAUGUAGAAGAAAAAGAAAGUCCUUUGAGACAGCCAGAGCUUCCAUUAGAUAAUAGUAGUCUAAGUUCCAAUGUGACAAAAUUAGCUGCUGGAGAGUUACCUUUAAAAACUUUAGAGCCUGAAAGUCAAGAAGUCGAAGUGAUCAACGAUGACACUAAAUUUUUAAUUACUGAAGAAGAAUUACAAAAGAAAGUAAAAUAUCAUUCAACUGAAGGAAAUGAAACAACUGUAGCAGCUUUACUGUCUCAAACCAAAGACAAUGAAUUUCCAGUCAUUGAAACUGGACAAAUAAUUGCUGAAAUUGAGCUUGAUGAUACAGAAAACGAAUCAUAUAUUCAAGAAAAUGAAAGUAAAUGGCCAACAAAAUUACCUGAAACCAAAAAUGAAAUAAUUGAGAAUACAAUUGAACUUCAAAAUGAAAAAGAGUUUGAAAUUAAGGAAACAAAGCCUUCGGUCUUAAAUAUACUAACUGAAACAGAAUCACUUACUAGUGUCAACUUCAUACCUGAUGAAGAAAGUCAACUUACAAAAUCCAAUAUCAAGCCAGCAGUUGUAAUGAAUGAACCUAAUGCUGCAAGAAUUAAUUCUGAAGAGAAUGAAAAUAUUAUAUCUGCUGAAAAUAUUUCUCCAUUAAAAAGUAUUGAAUCUCCCUCAAAAAAUUUAGCAUCUGUUGCUGAUGCUAGUACAUCUUUUAAAUCAGAAAAUAAAAUGAGUUACAUGGAAGGAGAUAUUAAAAGAAUUCAGCCAUCCCCCAUGGAUAUCAACCCUGAAUUUAAUGAGUUAAAAUCUGAAACAACUCUAUCACUAUCUGUAGAAAGUAAAUUUUCUACAAAAGAAGAUAGGUUGUCACAUAAGAUAGAUAAAUCACCUUUAAACAAUGAUUUCUCAGUUGAUGAAACUGAAUCAUUAGUUUUGAAAGAAGAAAUGGGUAGAAAAUAUAACAAAUUAAGUCAUGAAGAAAGUGAAAUAAAAAUUAGUGAUGACAAUACCUUUGAAAAGGAAUCUAAAUUACCCUUGCAAGGUGUGAAUUCAAAUAUCAUUGAGGAAAAUACAUUUAGGGAAUCAGAUUCCUGUGACAAGAAAUCUUUAUCUCAAGUGCAUGACCGCAAGUCACCGAUUGAUGAAAAAAAAUUUAGUGAAGAAACAAUAUCACCAAUCAAAGAGUCAAAAGCACUAACCAGUGAAAAGUCCCCAAUCAAAGAAGUAAAAUCUCCAGUCAAAGAAGCAUCACUUAUCAAAGAAGUAAAGUCUCCAGUCAAAGAAGCAUCACCUAUCAAAGAUACAAAGGCACAUGCAAAAGGAAGAUCCCCUACUAAAGACAUAAAAACUUCAGUCAAAGAAAAAUCCUCUAUUAAUGAAGCUGAAUUAUCAAUGAAAGAGAAGUCUCCCGUCAAAGAUAUAAAAUUGCCAGCAAAAGUCAAGUCUCCCACCAAAGAACUAAAAAUGUCACUCAAAGAAAAGUCUCCCAUUACAGAGGUAAGGUCUCUAGUGAAAGAUAAGUCUCCUAUUAAAGAGGUAAAAACUCCUGUAAAAGAAAAGACUCCCAUUACAGAAGUAAGAUCUCCAGUGAAAGAUAAGUCUCCUAUUAAAGAGGUAAAAACUCCUGUAAAAGAAAAGACUCCCAUAAAAGGGAUAAAAUCACCAGUUAAAGAAAAACCUUCUAUUAAAGAGGAAAAAUUGCCAGUAAAAGAAAAAUCUCCCAUUAAGGAGGUUAGAUCACCAGUGAAAGACCAGUCCUUUGCCAAAGAAACAAAAUCACCCAUCAAAGAAAAUGUGCCUUGCAUUAAAGAAAGUGAUUUACAACCCCAAGAAUUUUCUGACAAUAUCACCUUAGAAAAUGUGUCUUCUGUGAAAGAGUCUAAAGUAUUUACCAAAAUACCUGAAUCAUUGGUGAGAGAAAGUGGAUUUGUCAACCAAACAACUGUAACAAGGUCAAUAAAGAGUGAAAUACAUUAUGAAGAAACAAAAUCUGUUGCUGAGAAUAAGAUAAUACAUUUUAAAGAAGAAAUGUCUAAUGAUGACAUUAACAAAGGGAAGGAAACUAAAUCAGAAUUUAGAAGUAAUGAGACUCAAUUGGAUAGACAUGCAGACAUCCACAGUAGUAAAGCAGCUGAACAGGAUUGUGAAAGUCAGAUGGAACAGUUAAUGCUGCCAACUCAAGAAGUGACAUCAGCUGACUUAGUAUCCCCACUUUAUAAAGCAAUUGAAACAAUAUCAACUGAAAGUAAUUUUCCAUCAGAAGAGAACUUGCAAAAGCUAAAAAAUAAGAGCAAUGUCAUAUUAAAUUCAAAAAGUGAACAAAUAAUAGCAGAAAGAAAACUAUCUGCUACAGAAGAAGUAUCAAAUUCUGGAGAAGAUUUAUCUUUGCUGUCAGGUUCAAAUAUCAUUCCUGGUUCUUUUAUUGAACAAAGAGAAAUUAAAGUUUCUUCAUCUAUGAAAAUCACUUCAAUCAAUGAUCAACCAAACCAAUCAACCAGUAUAAUGUCAAGUGAACAUAAUCAACGUACUGAAGUUUCUGAAAAAUCAGAUUCUCAAACUCCUUAUUAUACUGACAUUAGUUUAUCCACACAUAAAGCUUCUGUUGAUAAUAUUUCUUCUCUCAAUGAUAAUGCGAAAUUCGUUUCAGUUUCUACCGAAAAGACCAAAGUUUCUUAUAAUGAAAUUGGUGAUGAUGGUUCAAUAAUUUCAUACUUGCCAGAAAAUAAAAUGUCUUCAACAAAAAAAGAUUUAAGACAAAUUGAUUAUGUUUCCAAUGUACAGGAUACUACAACUGAUAAAACAUUUUCUCAUAUUAAAAAAGUUGAUUGGUCCACCAAUGAGACUGCUUUUUCUGUUAAAAGUAAUUUGUCAACAGAAACUGCAAUUAAAGAGGGUUUUUCUGCAGAUGAAAACAAAGCAAACUUAGUAAAAUUGUCAAAAGUUGAAAGCAGUCUGUCAUCUUUUACUGGUUCAACAGACAUUCCAAAUAAGGAGCUUGAAUUCUUAAGCAAUGAGACUGAUUUACGCAAGAAAAGUAAUAAUAUACUUGUAAAAGAAUUUAAGAAACAGAUAUGUGAUGAACCAGAUAUAAAAACUAGUUCAGAAAAGGAAAUUUUAGCUAAUGAAAAUAUUUCUAUCAACAGUGUCAUAUCUUCUUCUUCCAAAGCUGAUAGUUUAAAAAGUAUGAGGUCUUCCACUGUGUCUUAUUCUUCUAAUGUGUUCACUGAAACAAAAAUUACAUCUUCAGUUGAUAUAACUACCACGAAACCUGAAGAAGUUUCAUCCAGUUUAUCAUCCACUCUAUCAGAGACUUUAAACACCUCUUCUACAAGGGACAACUUUAAUCAUAAAAUAAAUGCAGUGACUUCUACUAAAGUUUUCUCCUCUGUUACUGCAUUUGGAAAUACCAUUGAGAAAGAUAAUGAGACAUUGACUCAGCUUGAAAAUGUAAGUUAUGCAACGAAUUCUCAGAAAAAAGAUUCUAGUUCAAAUGAGGAGUAUCCUUUUCCAAGUCAAGACACAAAAACAUUCCUUGAACAUUGUAGUUUGCCUGGUGAGGAUUCAAAUCUCAUCAAGCCUGUUGACUCUAAAAUAGCUUUACCAGCGACUCGUAAUAAUGCUUCAUUUUCAAAUGAUUGCUCUCUUGCAUUUCAUGAGUCAAAUUCCAAUGACCAGCACUCUAAUAUUCAACAACCAUUUAGAGAAAAUGCUUCUACUAUGAGUAUAAAACAUCUUCCUCAUGGAGUAUCAGAAGAAUGUGUUUAUUCUGAUGUACUUCAGAAUGAAAUCGAAAUGUUGUCAGAUAGCAUCUUGCAUUCUAUAGAUCCAGAUGUAAAUAACUCCAUUAUAGUGCCUGAAGACUCAUUAAUAGUCUCAAAUGAUAAUAUUUUAUCAGAAAAAAGAACUGAUGAUUUUAUGAAAUCAGAUUUCAAGGAAUUAAAAGUGUCACAAACUGGCAAAAUUGUUUGUGCAACUAAAGAAACUCCAGAAUUCUUCAAUAAUUUAACAAUAUCUAGUUCUUCCAAAGUAGUUCAUUUAUCUAGUUCAAGUGAAACAGAUCCAGAGCAUUUUGAAAUACCAAAAUUUCCCCCAGAUGUUGAACAUUAUAUUAGUGAUAAGGACAACUUGCAAACCUCUACUACUCCAUUUGAAGGCCAGAAGUCUGAUGUUGUUGAAACUGGCUUGAGCUAUAAUAUUACAGAAAAACAAAAAAUGUUGCUAAGUGAGAUCUCCCCUUCAGAUUCUGCAACUAUUUUGGAUAAAAAAGAAUUCAGAUUGGGUGAUGAGUCAGAUAAAGUUCCAGGUGAAAUUACAGCAGCGGCAGUUCAAGGAAAUUACCAAGUGUGUGAAGAAAAUGCUGUGAAACUAGAAUCAUGGAUGAAAGAUAUAGAAUUAAAAUUGGCUGAACUUGGUGUGAUCCAAGAAACUAUUCCUGGUUUGCAACAUCAAAUUGCUACUGUUAAAGUUCUAAAAGAGCAAUUAGAAAGUCAACAAAUGUUGGUAAAUACCUGUCUUGACCAAAUGAGACAGCUAGCUCAAAGAGGAUUAGAAAUUCUGACAAAAGAAGAAAUUAAUAAUCUUCAAAAAAAUUUAAUAUCCUUGAAAAGACAUUAUGAUUCUUUGUUAAAUGACAGUGACAGACUUUUGAGGCGUUUAGUAGCAGCAUAUGAUGAACUUCUAAAAUUUAAGACUGAAAUGAAAUCACUAGUAGAAUGGCUUAAUCAAUCCAGGCGUCAAUUUAAUGUUAUUGAAUCGUCCAUGGGUGCUCUUAGUCAACUUGAAAAAAAAUCUGAACUUGUUAGGUCCUUCUCCAGUGAUGUUAUUGCUCACCAGGCAGACCUCAGAUUCAUUACUAUGGCAGCUCAAAAAUUUGCUAAUGAAUCCCAAGAUUAUUUAAAAGCUUUAAAUACUCUUCGUUCUAACUUGCCUCAAAAAUUGCCUUCUAUCCCUGCUGGAGAGAGUGAAGUAAAAUCAGAAGUACAAGAGAUAACAUCAGUUUUUCAUACGUUCUUAAAUGAAGUGAAUAAGCUUACUGAUAAUUAUACUUUAGUUUUAAAUAAGUAUCGUUUAUACAGUGAAACUGUUGAGAAAGCUAAAUCAUGGAUUACUGAAGUAAGGAAAUCAGCUAAAUCUGCAAUUUCUGAGCCUCUUGCUGAUGAGCCUUCUGCUUUACAAAAUCAAUUGGAUAAAAUUAAGGUUAUUAACAUGGAAGUUGUGGGACAAAGUAGAUUAAUUGAAAAUGUAUAUCAAUCCGUUAAAAAUCUUACUGAUACUUUGGAAAAUUGUAAUAUUGCACCCACAGAAACAAAAUCUAUAGAAUCUUCCAUUAGUUCACUUCAAGAAAACUAUUCAGAACUUUGUGAUCAGAUAGCUAAUCGUAUUAAAGAACUACAAACUGCUCUUAUACAUUCUCAAGACUUUCAAGCUGGAUUAGAAAGAAUUUCCAAGUGGUUGAUGGAAGUUGAGUCUUCGGUAAAAGCACAUAACAAGCCUAUUAGUUUAUUAGUUGAAAAAUUGGAGCAACAGGUUCAAGAAUGCAAAAUUUUAAAAUCUGACAUCAGUAAUCAGAAACAAAGUAUUGACAUGCUUAUGGCAAGGGCAAAUGAAUCCAUUGAUGCUAAUCCUAAUGUUGCAAAGAAAGUUACAAAUAAGCUGAAUGAUGUAUCACAACGAUUUCAAAAAUUAUUUGAGACUGUUUCAAAACGAUUUACUUUGUUAGAAGAGGUAUCUGAAAACGUUCAUGCUUUUGAAGAGAUGGUAAUACAGUUUGAAGAAUGGCUUACUUCUACUACUGAACGUGUUGAAACAACUGACAAUAUUCAUUUGGCUGAUGUUGAUGGCUUUUCAUCAGUAAUUGAAUACUCUUUAAAUCAAAAAAAUUCAAAGAAAGAGGAAUUCGAUCGAAUGAUGAAAAUUGGAAAAAAUUUAAUUUCUCGGAAAGAUACUUCUGAUGCAGAUUUUGUAAAAAAUAAGAUGAGUAGUUUAGAAAAACAGUGGAAGAAUCUUAGUGAUUUGCUAAAUGAAAAGAAAAAACUUGGACAAGACAGAGCAGAACAAUUAAACUCAUAUGAUAACUUACAUGCCAAAGUGUUAGACUGGUUAAUGAAAAAGGAAAAAGAUUAUGAAAAACUUGAACCACUAGUUUUGGAGGAAACAGCAUUAAAGAAACAAGCUACUGAAGUCUCGAACUUGAUCAAGGAACAUACAGAGUAUUCCACUGUUAUGGAACAACUGAAUAAUUUAGGAUCAUCUUGUGAUGCACCUCUUAGAGGAGACAGUAUGAAAUCAAAAGCGAGUAGUCCCGUGAAAAAACUUUCAAGUCCUAUCAAAAAAUCUCCUUCAAAGUCAAAAUCUACUGAUAAUAUCACAUCAUACACAGUUCGAGGUCAUAUUUCAGCAUUAAGUCCAGUUUCAACUAUAUCAAGUGGUUUUAGCAGCAACAGGAGUUCCACUGAUAAUAUUGGUGGAAUUGAUGAUUUUAGUGCCAUUCAGCAACAAGUUUCAGAAGUUAAUGACCGAUACAACAUUUUAGGAUCAGAACUCUCAGAAAGAAAUCAAGAAAUUAGUGAAACUUUGAAAGAAGUAAAGUCUUACUUAAGUAUUGUUAAGACAUUAUCUACCUUUGUGGAAGAAAAAACAAAAAAACUUCCUAAAGAGGGAUUGCCUUCUAAAAAAGGAGCAAUUGAGAGUCAAUUAAAAUUUAUCAAGGGUCUUAAACAAGAAAUUCAGGAUAAGCAAUCUGAAAUGGAUACUCUUAAAUCUAAUGUUAGUAACUUGGUUACAAGAAAGAAAAUAGUUAAGGGAGGAACAGAACUUGAAGAAGAGGUUCUCACAUUAGAGAGAAAUUGGCUGUCACUUUCAAAGAAUAUUGAAAAAAGAUUGUUUUUCCUCCAAAACCUGAUUGAGUAUCAAGAUUCUCUUCUAAGCAUACAGAACUGGUUAAAUCAAAAAGAAAAGAUGCUUCAAGUUCUUGGACCAAUUGCAUCUGAACCACGUAUGGUAACAUCUCAAGUUCAACAAGUUCAGGUCAUGAGAGAAGAAUUCACUUCCCAAGAAGCUUCUAUUAAUCGUUUGAAGACGUUAUCAAUCACAAUUAUUGAAUAUUUACAAAGUAUAGGAUCUAAUACUGAGAAAGUUGAAGAAGAAAUUAACUUGAUUCAGAGCUUAUACUGUGAUAUGUCAAAUAACUUAAUUGAGCGAGAGAAAAACUUGGAUGCUGCCAUGGGUGUCUCUAAAGGCUUUUAUAAAAAUCUUGCUGAGUUGCAAAGCAAAUUGCAGCAACUUAGUGACAAAUUUGAAAAGUUUGAAGAAGAAAAUUACAGUUCUGAUGUGCUGUUGAAGAAAAUAACGGAACUAGAGGAUGAACUUGAAAAGCUUCGACCUUCAUUAACAGAUGCCUCCAGUUCUUCUGUUCAACUUUGUGAAAUAUUAAGUGACUCGUCUUCUAAAAACGAAAUCAAGUACAAAAUCAAUGUUUUGGAAAAAUCCUAUGCUAAUAUACAAAAGAAAAUUGAAUUGAAAAAAGCUGAAUUAGAAUCUAUACUAAAUGAAGACAAACUGUUUUAUAAAGUAUGUAAGGAUAUCCAACAAUGGUUGAGUGACAUGGAUUCCAAACUUUCCCGUUCUCUACCAAUUUCCACAAGCAUUGAAAAGCUAUCCAAGAACUUGAAAGAAUAUGAGGCUUACUAUAAGGAGGUUAUUAAUAAGGAGCAUGAAGUUUACUUGUGCCUUAGCAAAGGUUCUGAUAUGUUAACUAAGUUAUCUGGAAAACAAGAACCAUCUUCAGUAAAGAAGAAGCUUGACUCAAUUAAAACACAGUUUGAAAAAGUGAAAAAGACUGCUACUGAUAAAAAUACUGUUCUUCGAAGUUGCUUAGAAAAGUGUAAAAAUUUGAAUGCUGCAACUGAAACCUUUGAGCCUUGGUUAACAUCAAUGCAAGAGAAAAUAACUGUAUUCAAUGAACCUACUCUCAAGCGAGAUGCCUUGAAUAAAAAACUGAAAGAAAUUCAAAUUUUGCGUGGUGAAAUGUCUGUCCAUUCUCAAGAAUUUCAAAAUAUUCAAAGUCUUGGUGAAGCAAUUUUGACAAGUUGUGAUUCUGAUAAAGAUUUAUUGAAAAAACGUUUAGAUGAGAUGAGCAAAAAAUGGAAGAAGCUCACUGAUGAAAUAUCAACGAGAAAUCAGCUUCUGGAUGACUUAUCUCAGCUUUUAUUUGAAUUUGAUGAAAAAUUCAGAGAUGUAGAACACACUGUCCAACGUAUAGAGGACAGAAUUUGCUCACAUGAUACAUUAGAAAUCUCUGGAGAUAGAAUUAUGCUAGAAAGACUACAGGCAUUGCUAAAUGAAACUAAAACUGUUAAGGAAGAAAUAAGAAAUGUCAGAAAAUUUUCCAAAGUUCUCAUUGAUAAAGCUGGUCCAAAUGCUGAUGCUUCUGAAAUAGUGAAAAAUUUAGAUUCGAUUGAAAAGCGUCAUCAGUCUCUUCAGAAAAAGUUGGAAGAAAAAUGUUCUUCAAUGAGUACAUCAUACAAAGUUGUUUCAGUAUUUAUGGAAAGUAUCAAAUCUCUCCAGACAGAAAUCAACUCACUAGAAGAAACGUUUGAUGAUAUGCAUUCUAUUUCAAGAGAUUAUCAAGUUCUCAAAACUCAACUAAAGGAGCUAAAGACAUUCAAAUCCAGUAUCUCAAAAACCAAGGAGAGCUAUACUUCUGCCAAAAAAGUUUAUGAUGAUAUGGUUAAAAAGAACAUUUGUGACACUAAAACUUAUUUGGAACAGAUGAACAACUUUAACAAAAAGAUUGGAAGAAUUGAGGAGCGUGUUAAAGAAAGAGAAAUUUCUAUUGAGACAUCAAUUACUCGUCUUGAAAGCUUUCAGUCGGUUUAUAAAGAAACAUUGGAUAAGAUUAGUUCUUUAAUAAAUGAAGAGAAGAAAAUAGAAAUUACACUGGGAGAUGUUGAUUCUAUUCGAUCACAACAGAAAACAUUUAAAAAAAUGUGUGAGACAUCAGUUAAACCUCUUAGCAAAACAGUUAUGGAAGUAAAUAAGUUAGGACAAGGUCUAAUUCAGUCUGCAUCAAAUGAUGUUGACACUAGUAGUAUUGAGCAGAACUUGGAUGUCAUUAAUAAUUCAUGGAAUGAUCUUCAAGAAUCGAUAAACGAAAAGGAGAAAAAGCUAGAUAUUGCUUUAUUACAAUCAGGAAAAUUUCAGGAAGCUCUUAGUGGUGUUGAAAAGUGGCUAAAUGAUACUGAAGAUAUGGUAUCAAAACAGAAAGCACCAUCUUUUGAUUUUAAAGUUGUCAAAGCACAAGUUCAAGAACAAAAAUUUCUGAAAAAAAUGUUGUUGGAUCGUCAAAAUAGUGUUAUUUCUUUGAAGUCUUUGGGUUCUGAAUUUGUUAGUACUUCUAAAUCAGCUGAAAAUGAACUGGCUGAAACUUUAAUGAAAACUCUUUCAAGUCGGUUUGAAGAACUUAUAUCAACUGCAGAGGAAAGAAUGGUAUGUUUGGAAAGCACAAUGCCCCUUGCCCAAGACUUUCAAACUUCAUCUGCUACACUUUCUGAAUGGCUGGAAACAACUGAAAAAAAAUUGGCUUCCAUGACAUCAAUCCCAGUUGAAGAACCCCGUAUCAAAGUUAUGAUCUCCAACUAUAAGGUUAUAUCUAAUGAUAUUGAGCAACAAAAGAAAUCCCUGGAGAAAGUGAACACAAUAUCACAGAGGUUAAAAAAGGUUGUCAACCCAACAGAAACGGAAUCACUAGUACAGAAAGUUGAUUCAAUAAAUGAGAAGUUUAAAGAAAUUGAAGUUGUUAACAAGAAUGUUGGAUCUCUUUUGGAAAGAACUCAAAAAGGAAUCCAUAGUUUUUCUAUUACUUAUUCUCAAGUUAUUACAAGAAUCGAAGAGAUAUCUACAAAAUUGAAAAGCUUUCAGCGUUUAAGUACAGAAUCUACCAAGUUACAAACUCAGCUUACAAAUUUGAGAAACUUAAAAGAGAAGUUGGAUGAAGAGAAGACAAAUAUUAAUAAACUGGUUACUUCUGGGGAAGAAAUUAUGAAAUAUACAUCAGGGGAAGAUGCCAUACAAAUGAAAGAGAAAUUAGACACACUUAGUAUGAAACUUUCUGAAGUUUCGAACAAACUUAGUGAAAGACUGAAAACUGCUGAAGAAUCAUUUCCGUUGGUGGAAUCUUUCUAUACCUCCAUUAAUAAGCUUACUACAUGGCUUGAUUCUAUUGAAAGAUCACUAAAGCAAAUAGAUAAUAGCUCAUUAGAUGUACAAAGUGAAACAAUAAAAAAACUUGAGGACAGUAUUCCAGAGUAUCGUACUGAGUUAGAUAAAAUCAAUAAUACUGGACCUCGCCUUAGUCAACUAGCACCUGGAGAAAGUUCUAUGAUGUUUGAGAAUCAGAUCACUCGUGUUAAUCAUAGAUUUGAAAAAGUAUGCGAACAAGUUCAACGAAAAGCAGAGAGGAUUCAGCUUACACUUCAACGAAAAUUUGAUGUUGUUGGUGAUAUUGAUGAGCUCUGUGAGUGGUUCAAAGAAGUUGAAAACAAAGUUACUGCAUCAGAGGGCCUUUCAUCUGAACCAAGUUGUUUGUCUACCUUACUCAAAAAACAAAAGACAUUAUGUGAUGAUUUAAAUGGACAGAAAAAUAGAGUAAGAGAUGUGACUACUACAGCAAAAAAGCUCUUAAGGGAAUCAUCAUCCGAUGAUUUGUCUUAUAUUAAUGAAAAAAUCGAGACUUUAAAAACUAAAUCAAAUAAUGUUGUUCUUUUAUGCCAAGAAAGGCUCAGUACACUUGAACAAGCAUUUCCUCUUGCCCAGCAUUUUUAUGAAACUCAUACAGAUUUAGGCCAGUGGUUAGAUGAAGUUGAAGGUGAAGCUGAACUCCUGGAGGCUCCAGCUUUAAAUUCUGUGCAAAUCAAGAAGCAACAUGAGCGAAACAAAAAUUUGUCUCAGUCUGUUCAAGAACACAAGCCUUUAGUUGAUAAACUAAAUAAAACGGGAACAGCUUUAACUAAGCUUUGUACUGAAGAAGAGUCAGAUAAAUUAGAAGUAAUCUUGGAGUCUGACAAUAGUCGAUAUAAUGCUCUUCGCAAAAUACUGAGAGAACAUCAAGUUGCAUUAGAAGAAGCAUUACAAGCUACAUCUCAAUUUUCUGAUAAGUUAGAAGGCAUUUUGACAGCUCUGACAUCUACAGCUGAUCAGUUAAAUAAUGCUGAACCAAUUUCUGCACAUCCAGAUAGAAUUCAGGAACAAAUAAAUGAUAAUCGAGCUGUGCUUCAGGACCUUGAUAAGCGCACAAUUACACUUGAAGCUGUUAAAAAAGCAGCCGAUGAUGUUAUUGGCAAAGCUAGCAAAAUUGAUGAACCUGCUGUUAAUGAUAUAAAAAUGAAAUUGGAUAGAUUAAAUGACUUGUGGGCGACCAUUCAAACAGCUGCUCAUAAACGUGGCAAAUCUUUAGAAGAAGCUUUGAUUGCUGCAGAGAAGUUCUGGGAUGAAUUGACUGCUGUAAUGAAAGCUUUGAAAGAGUUACAGGGCAACUUGAAUGCUCAAGAACCACCUGCUGUUGAGCCUGCUGCUGUUCAUCAACAACAUGAAGUCUUACAAGAAAUUAAGCAAGAAAUCACCCAAACAAAACCAGAAGUAGAUCACUGUCGUCAAGCUGGGCAAAAUUUGAUGCAGUUAUGUGGUGAACCAGAUAAACCUGAAGUGAAAAAGCAUAUUGAAGACUUAGACUCUGCUUGGGAAAAUGUAACAACUUUAUAUGCUAAAAGAGAAGAGAAUCUUAUUGCUGCUAUGGAGAAGGCGAUGACUUUUCAUGAUACACUUCAUAAUUUGCUUGAAUUCCUUGAUACUUAUGAAGAUAGAUUUAGCAAAUUUGGUGCUGUCUCUUCAGACAUUGAUUCAGUAAAAAACCAAAUCAAGCAACUUAAGGAUUUUAAAAAUGAAGUUGAUCCUCAUAUGAUAGAAGUUGAAGCUUUAAAUAGAUCAGCUCAAGAAUUAAUGGAACGCACAUCAUCUGAUCAAGCUGUCACAAUUCGUGAACCAUUAAGGGACAUAAACAAACGUUGGGAUGAUUUACUGAAGAAUAUUGUUGAUAGACAGCAAGAAAUGGAGAAAGUGUUAUUAAGGCUUGGCCAAUUUCAACAUGCAUUAGAAGAGCAUAUUAUUUGGAUAACAAAAACAGAAAAGACUCUUGAUGAAUUGAAACCUGUUCUUGGUGAUCCACAAGUCAUUGAAGUUGUACUUGCUAAACAUAAGGUGAUUGCAAACGACAUUCAAGCUCACCAAUCAAGUAUAGAUGCUAUUCUCCAAGCUGGCAGAGAAUUUGUUGAUACUGAUCGUAGCAGUGAAGAUGCAAAAUACACACAUAAUAAAUUGCAAGAUUUAAAAACACGGUGGCAAAAUCUGCAAGAUAAAUCAACAGAUCGAUAUAGGGAACUUGAAGAAGCAUUAAAAGAGGCUCAAAAAUUCCAUCAGGAUAUUCAAGACAUGCUCAUGUGGUUAAAUGAAACGGAUGGCCACUUAGUGACAUCAAAACCCGUUGGGGGAUUACCAGAAACUGCUAAGGAACAACUUAACCGGUUCAUGGAUUUAUACAAUGAACUUGAAACAAAUCGAUAUAAGAUAGAAAGUCUUUUGGAACAAGGAGAAAAUUAUACCAAAAAAUCUGGUGAAAAUUGUACCAAAAACUUACAGCACAGCCUUAAAACUUUGAAACAAAGAUGGGAUAGCAUAUUAAAUAAAGCUAAUGAUCGAAAGAUCAAAUUAGAAAUUGCUCUUAGAGAAGCAACUGAAUUUCAUGAAGCAUUACAAGCAUUUGUUGAGUGGUUAACCAGCUCUGAAAAGUAUUUGUGUUCUUUGAAACCAGUCAGCAGGCAUAUGAAAUCUGUGUUGGAACAAAUUGAGGAACACCGAAAUUUCCAAAAAGAUCUUAGUUCUCAUCGAGAAGUAAUGCUCAAUCUCGAUAAGAAAGGCACUCAUCUUAAAUAUUUCAGUCAAAAGCAAGAUGUGAUACUCAUUAAAAACUUGUUAAUAAGCGUUCAGCAUAGAUGGGAGAAAGUAGUUUCCAAAGCAGCUGAAAGAACUAGAGCUUUAGAUCAUGGCUAUAAGGAAUCUAAGGAGUUUCAUGAUUCAUACACAGCAUUAUCUGCUUGGUUAGAUGAGACUGAAAAAUUAUUAGAUUCCACAACUCCUAUUGGGAAUGAUCCAGUUAAAAUAAAGAAGCUUUUAGCUAAGCACAAAGACUUUCAAAGAACUUUAGGAUCUAAACAAGUUACUUAUGAUGCUACUAUGAAAUGUGGAAGAAUGCUAAAAGAUAAGUGUCCUAAACAGGAUGUACAACUUCUGCAGAACAUGAUGGAUGAAUUAAAAACUCGCUGGAAUAAAAUUUGUUCAAAAUCAGUCGACAGGCAGCGCAAAUUGGAAGAAGCUUUACUUUUCUCUGGUCAAUUUAAAGAUGCAGUAUUAGCAUUAAUGGAUUGGAUUGAUAAAACGAUUUCAGCAUUAUCAGUAUCAAAGCCUUAUCAUGGUGAUCUUGAUACUGUUACCUCAUUAAUUGAACAGCACAAGUCAUUUGAAGAAGAGUUCAAAAAUAAAGGCUUAAAUUUGGAAUCUGUGUGCAAAACAGCUGUCACUCUGAAAAACCAAGCAAGCUCAUCUGAUGUUGAAACAAUAACUGCCCAAGUAGAAGAGCUAAAUAAAAAAUGGAAAAUUAUUACUGAUCUAAAUGAGAAGAAGAAGUCUCAGUUAAAGGAUGCUCUUCAAUUGGCUGAAGAGUUAUACAAACUUGUGCACAUGCUACUUGAAUGGUUAUCAGAUGCUGAGAUGAAACUGAGAUUUUUCGGUUCCCUGCCUGAAGAUGAAGAAUCUAGCAAAAAGCAAAUUCAAGAUCAUGAAAUAUUUAUGGCUGAACUAGAAAGACAGGAAGUAACAAAAAAUAAGACCAUAGCACUUGCUCAAGAUAUUCUAAAAAAAUGUCAUCCUGAUGGAAUAUCAGUAAUACGCCACUGGAUUACUAUUAUACAAUCCAGAUGGGAUGAAAUAUCUUCUUGGGCCAAACAAAGAGAUCAAAGACUAAGAGAUCAUUUAUUAUCUUUAAGAGAUAUAAGUGAUUUGUUGGAGGAGCUAUUUGCCUGGUUGAACAAUGCUGAGGCUACUUUAACUGCACUUGAAGCUGAACCACUUCCUGAUGAUCUGCCAACUUUAGAUAGACUUAUUGAAGAACAUCAGCUUUUCAUGGCUGAUAUGUCCAAGAAACAACCUGACAUUGAAAAAAUUUCUAAAACAUUUUCUUCUAAACGUCAUCAAAGUAAAAACUUGGGUUCCCCUCAAAUUAAAGAAAAAGUAAAAGAAAAACUUCCUCGCUCUGGAACACCUACUGGUGUCAAAACAUCAACACCUUUGCGAAGUCAAUUUGAUUCCGAUGUGAAGCAUCCAAGAGCUAAACAAUUGCUAGAGAAAUGGAGAAUAGUUUGGCUUCUUGCAAUGGAGAGGCAAAGGAGGCUUCAAGAUAAAUACAAUUACCUUAUGGAGCUUGAUAGAAUAAAGCACUUUGAUUUUGAUGAAUGGAGGACUAGGUAUCUUGGCUGGCUAAACAACAAAAAGUCACGUGUUAUGGAUCAGUUCAAGAAGAUAGACAAAAACAACGUUGGUAAAGUGACAAAGCAAGACUUCAUUGAUGGAAUACUGAAAUCAAAAUUUGCAACUAGCCGACUUGAAAUGGAAAGGGUAGCUGAUAUUUUUGACAGGAAUGGAGAUGGAUUUAUUGAUAGCAAAGAGUAUGUUGAAACACUUCGUCCUGAAAAAGAGACCGGUCCACUAACUGAAGCAGAAAAAAUACAAGAUGAAGUUCAGCGACAAGUUGCAAAAUGUACUUGCGUUCAUCGAUUUAAAGUAUAUCAAGUUGGUGAAGGAAAAUAUAGGUUUGGUGAAUCUCAAAAGCUUAGGCUAGUUCGAAUUUUGCGUAGUACUGUAAUGGUACGUGUUGGUGGUGGUUGGGUUGCACUUGAUGAGUUCCUUGUAAAGAAUGAUCCCUGCCGAGCUAAAGGAAGAACCAAUAUUGAGUUGAGAGAACAGUUCAUAUUAGCUGAUGGUGUCAGCCAGUCCCUGGCUCCUUUCAAACCAAAGCCAAGUCCUAAUUCGUCAAUAUCCAGUCAGAGUGGAACCAACAGUUCUAUGCCUUCAACAGGCCCUAUUACAAAGAUUCGAGAAAAAAGUGAAAGAAGUACUCCAAUGAGAAGAAAUCGUUCUUCUGCUGAAAAUAGCAGUGAUAUAAGUGGGCCAAGUUUCAGUGAAACAGAUAGUUUUAGUAAUCGAUCUGCAUAUUCAAGAACCACACCUUCUUCUCGACUGAGUCCAAGAGAUAUAAGCUACAAGUCUACAAGUAGACCUUCUAGUCGACAAGGUAGUAGACCAUCAAGUCGAGCACCAAGUGAUCUUUCCCAAGAUGGGAUUGAGGAAUUCAAAUCAAAACGUAAACAAACUUUUAGUGGAAAUGGAGUAAUUAAGAAAAAUGCUGCUGGUAAUGAUUUAGCUCCUAAAACGAUAGAAGCAUCAAGAAUCCCAUCAGUUAAAAAAUCUAUCAAACUUCCAAAAAAUUUUGAAUCUUCUAGCAAGAAAGAUACUACAAAAUAAAUCGCUAUGAUUAACAUUCCAGGUGAAAUUAUUCCUUUCAUCAUCAUUAAGAUGUGUUUAUACAGCUUACUAAAGCUUUUGGGAAAUAUUGUGGCUUAGUCUCAAGCAAGUACUAAGAGUAUUAUCUCUUGAGAAAUUUUGGUAAUUCUAGUAAUCUCAUAUAAACUAACAUUUCAGAAGUCAUUAAUCAGAUCAAAUGUAGUUUAUUCUCUAAAUAUAUAUAUUUUUUAAACAAUAAAUUGUUUGAACUGAUUAAACUACUGUUGCUGAGACAGCUUUUAUAACUUUUCAACAUAAUGUAUAAUAUAAUUAAUAUGCUUUUGCUAGUCUUCAUUUGCCAAAUAUAUUUUUCUUACCAUUUAUAGCAUGAAUAAAAAUAUGCAUUCCAUUGUGUACGUUAUUAAAUAUAAGUUUGAAAAUGUAUGUAGCUGUGUGAGAUUUCUUAAAAAAUGUUUUCUAUUUAAGAUAUAAAUAUGUUAAACAUGAUUUACUUUAACAAAUCUAAAAAAUCUACAGUUGUGCUACAUAAAGUUAUGUAAUUCAAAGUUUUAUAUAAACGGUAAUGUAUAUAAGAACUAACGUAUCUUUUUAAUGGUAUUUUAAUAUAAUAAAAUGUUAACAUUUAUUUAAAACACCUGUGCCAAGUGUUAAAGUAGCCUUAAAUUUGUUUUUAUGUAUAAUUGAUUUACAUAAAUGUGUAAAAUUUGAGUUCAUGAAUGCCAUCUUUUCUGUUGACAUUCCUGUUGAAAUACUAUUUUAAUAAAAUUCAUUUGUCUACAAAUAUGUGUUAUUAAAUAUUGAUCAUGUAUUAUAUAUGAGAGCUGAUCAUUUCAAACUUGUAUCAUACACAAAAAAUUUUUAGCUGUAUCUUUCAAGCUAUUGUAUGUUGCUCUUUUCCAAAAUAAAAUAAUAUAUAUAUUUAAA